UCCCUGUUUCAUUGUGUGCCUGGGAACAACCCGCACAUGUGAGACUGGGACUCACAUGUCUUUCUCUUUCUGUGGGGUCAGAGGUUGGAGCAGGCCCACAAUGGAUGCCCUACAGCUGGCAAAUUCGGCUUUUGCUGUUGAUCUGUUCAAACAGCUGUGUGAAAAGGAGCCAGCAGGCAAUGUCCUUUUCUCUCCAAUCUGUCUCUCCACCUCUCUGUCACUUGCUCAAGUAGGUACCAAAGGUGACACAGCAGAUGAAAUCGGACAGGUUCUUCAUUUUGAAAAUGUCAAAGAUGUGCCCUUUGGAUUUCAAACAGUUACCUCGGAUGUAAAUAAACUUAGUUCCUUUUAUUCUUUGAAAUUAAUCAAGCGGCUCUAUGUAGACAAAUCUCUGAACCCUUCUACAGAAUUCCUCAGCUCUACAAAGAGACCAUAUGCAAAAGAACUGGAAACUGUUGAUUUCAAAGAUAAACUGGAUGAAACGAAAGCUCAGAUCAACAGCUCCAUUAAGGAUCUCACAGAUGGUCACUUUGAGAACAUUUUAUCUGACAACAGUGUGAGUGACCAGACCAAAAUCCUUGUGGUUAAUGCUGCCUACUUUAUUGGAAAGUGGAUGAAGAAAUUUCCUGAAUCAGAAACAAAGGAAUGCCCUUUCAGAGUCAGCAAGUCAGACACCAAACCAGUGCAAAUGAUGAAUAUGGAGGCCACAUUCUGUAUGGGAAACAUUGAUGAUAUCAGUUGUAAGAUCAUAGAGCUUCCUUUUCAAAACAAGCACCUCAGCAUGCUCAUCCUGCUCCCCAAGGACGUGGAGGAUGAGUCUACGGGCUUGGAGAAGAUUGAAAAACAACUCAACUCCGAGACCCUGUUGAAGUGGACCAACCCCAGCACCAUGGCUAAUGCCAAAGUCAAACUGUCCCUUCCGAAAUUUAAAGUGGAAAAAAUAGUUGACCCUAAGGAUAGUCUGGAAAGCUUAGGGCUGAAAAAUUUAUUUAGCGAAAGUACAUCUGAUUUCUCUGGAAUGUCAGAAACCAAGGGAGUGGCCCUAUCAAACGUGAUUCACAGAGUGUGCUUAGAAAUAACUGAAGAUGGCGGAGAUUCCAUAGAGGUGCCAGGAUCCCGGAUCCUGCAGCACAAGGAUGAAUUCAAUGCUGACCACCCAUUUAUUUACCUCAUCAGGCACAACAAAACGCGAAACAUCAUUUUCUUUGGCAAGUUCUGUUCUCCUUAAGUGGUAGAUCCCAAGUUCAAUCACAACAAUUUAUCUGUGGAUGCAGAUUUCUCUAAACUCUGCAACUAGAGAAUCACUUUCUAAAUGCAAUAAAUUGUUAGUGUUGUUGGAUCAGGAUGCAGCCAGUAUUUGUCAUGUAUAGCCUUCACAUUAAUGGGCCCUUCUUUUCUAAUUCUUUGUUUCAUUUUUUUUUUACCUCCAUAAAAGAAAAAGAUAUAUACUUUUGAUGAAAAAGAAGCACAUUAAUGGAAAAAAAUUCUGUAUUAGUCAAACUGUUCAGGGUUUUGGGGGAAAAUGGCUUUCCACACAAAACAAUUCCUAUCAGGAAGAUCCAAAGAAAUUUGUUCCCAGAAGUUUGCCUUUCUUCAUCAGGAUAUAGAAUGUUCCAGAAAUUCUGAAAAUCUAAAGAAACUCUAGUGCAUGGGACCUAGAAAAACUAUUCCCAUUUAGUGAAACAUGCAUAAUAUUUUCUCUAUUGUACAAGUCCUUAUGUUAAACUUUGUGAGACAAAUCUUUUUUCUCAAACUUUUAAGUUUUGGGAUUUUAGGAAAAUAACAUGUUGUACGUAUGGCUCGGUGCUUUUGGUAUUCUCUAGAAAACCAUCAGUGGGUCUGCACCAGCACUGUAUAACUCAGAACCUUAAUGGUUCUGUGUGAAUACUCACACAAAGUAGGCAAAAGAAGACUAUAGUCUAUAAGUGGCCAAAUUUUGCUUACAAACAUGUAUGCUACCAGCUUAUAAACACAUUUUACAGAAUGUUUUUAGAUUUUAAAAUACUGAGUAAAGAAUUAUAGAUCCAUAGUAGUGUAAGAUGCUAAAGGAGAAACAGCUUUUAUUUAAAAAUUGAUUUUCAUUUCUAAUAAAUGUUUCACUUGGUCAUUUGGUGCUGGCCUGGUGUCAGGUUUCUAAUUGAUUCAGAAGGUUUUGGUUGUCUGACACAAGGACUAUCCCAGUAGCAGAAAAAGCAAAACAAAACAGACUUUUGGUGUUGAAGGAAGUUGGUUCUGUCUAAUGUGAUGAAGGGGAAAAAAUGAGGAAACUAAAACCUUUAGAAAAUGUUAACAAAAAUGCCUUGACCCAUUUGUUUUUCAGUCAGUGGGUGCAGUUACUUUAGACAAUGAGUCUGUAAUUUAUACUAAUGGUACUUUAUAAAGUGGUUCUGAGAAGCUAUCUAUGCUAUGGCUUGUGUAUUAAUUCACUACCAAAGGACAUAAUCACAGAUUUUGUGGUAUUCUCUCCCUCAUUCUUCCUUGCUAUUCAGUGUAAAGAGAUUUUUCUUCCUCUGAAGUUUCAAUAUUGAAUUAGUUCUGUGCUAUUGGCAAUACAAUUUCACUGAAUUAUAUGUCUUUUUUCCCCAUUAAGUUGGAUAUGCUACUUUGAAAUAAAGUCAAGCCAUCCAUUUAUGAAAACAUCCUUGAAUAUGAAUUCCCCUUUGGUGAUUGAAGUAGACUAAAAAGGAAAGAAUAAUUCUUACUUGUGUUUUCCUUCUUCCUUGCUAUUUGCUCUUUCAUUCCAUUUAUUCA